AUGGUGCUACGAAUGGUAAAACUUACUGACGAUGCCGACUACUAUGUCGGCGAAACAUCUGGGAAUCAUCGUACAGCAGAUCAGGCCGACCUAAAUGAAAUGCUGCGUGGGCUAGAGGAACAGGAAGCUCAGCUGUCAUCUGAUGUUAACCGAAACCAGGCUGACAUGGAGCUGCAAUUGUUGAUGAAACAGGGCCAAGUCGAGGUAAAUGUUCACUCUCUUCCAACUAAUAUCAACGCCGGUGAAGUCUCGCGAACUUGUAGCUCCUCAGGAGCCGGAACGGCUAGCAAUCGCCUAGGGACUGGUCUCAUCCGCGAUUACCACGAUGCUCUUAUGAUACACCGCAGUCAGGUAGAGGACUUGAAUACACGAAUCCUAGGCCUGGGCCAGGGUAAGGUCAAUCACAUGAUCAGAGGCAAAGAGUUCAAGAAGCGUUUCGUCCAUCUGGAAUGGUAA